AUGUCAAAUGAUUAUACAUGUGUAACAUGUUCAGAAACCUUCGGCCAAGAUAUUCAAAAACAUUUAUCUACAACUAGACAUAAAUCAGUUGAAUUAAAUUUCUAUGAUGAUGAAAUUUUACAAUGUGAAGACUGUUCGGAUUCAAAUAUUCAUCAAUUAACAAUUGCAAGAUAUGGAUUUAGUGAUAUGUCGUUAUUAUGCUCAUUAUGCUUAGAUAAAGAAAACAAACUGAGUGGAGAAACUCCAAGUGCAUCUUAUUCAUUAUCUAAUGGUGCUAUAUUUAUAAAAUUACAACAAUAUUUAAAAUUUAGAGACCUUGAAUGUUCAAAUUGUGGAGAUGAUUCUCAUUUAUAUGUUGGUAAUACUAAAUCAGGACAAAUUAUAAGCUGUAGAAAAUGUUUACCUACUUUUGAAGCUGAAGGCUUAAAAUUCACUAGUGAAAAUGAUGAUAAUUUUUUAAAAGAAUUAUUAGGAUUAAAAGAAACAACAGCAAAGAAAUCAAACAGAAGAAGAAAAGUAGGGAAAGGGAAAGGUAAAGGUAAAUCUGGUAAAAAGGGAAGAGGUAAAGGCAGAAUAAAAAAAGAAGAUCCAGAAGCUGAAGAAAGAAGGGCUCAUUAUUUUGAAAGUAAGAAAUUUGCUCAAGGAGUAAAAUCAGGUUCAACUGUUAAAGCAAUAGGUUCAGAAGGAUCUGCUAAACCAGAUACAAGAGUGAAUAAAAAUGAUAAACGAGGUUUUAAAUCAAGAUCAACACCAUCUAGUGGUAAACAAUCACCUGCUAAACAUACACCAGCUAAUAGUGGUAGAAAUACACCUUCUAGAAAUACUCCGACUAAUAGUGGUAGGCUGACGCCAAAACCUUCAUCAGCAAAACCUUUAAAAUCAAACUCUGAUCAUAAAUCUACAAAAUCAUCACAAGGUUCAUGUAUCAAGCCGAAUUCAUCUAACAACUCAUAUGUUAAAUCAUUAGAUGGUCCAUUAUCUAAUCCUCAACAAUCCAAAAGUAUCAAUAGCAAAGUACCAGAUGAUCCGAUACCUAGUGAUAAAAUUAAAAGGUCUAAUAAAGGACCAAAUAAGAAUGGCACUAGCAAAAAUGUUACAAAAUCAUUCAACGAAGAUCAUUCUAAAGCUAUAAUUAAACCUACACAUAGAUCUAGAGAUAAACCUUCAAGUAAAUCUACAAUUAAAGGAAAUGGUGUUUCAGCACAUGAUCACUCUAAUAAAUCAUCCAAACUAACAACAAAUACAAAGAACAAUAAAGAAGCAACACCUAGCUCAGAUGAAUUUAUAAUACCAGAAUAUAUCACUAAAUAUCUUCCAUCAUCAAAACCUAAGCUUACCUACGAUUCAAUUAAUGAAUAUUUCAGAGAAAUGAGUUUCAAUAUGUUUCUAGAAGAUCAAUUAAACAAUGUAUCAAAAUUAAUGGAUUCUUCAUUUUUCACAAUUGAAUGGUUUGAAGACCAAGAUAAAAAAAAUAAUCAAUUUAAAUUAUCUAUCCCUUUGAAAAAUAUUGAAAAAUUUGUAUCUCAAAGACUUAAAAAUUUGAAAAAGAAUCCAUUUAAUGUUGAUCAAGCAUUAUUUUUAAUUUUAGAUAAUGAUAUACCGUGGUAUUGUAAAAUUGCAACAAUGGAUGAAGUAAGAAAAAGAGAUAAACUGAAAAGACGCAGGGGUAAAUCAAGAGUGGGAAGUUCAGAAGUCAUAAUUGAAAUGAUAAUCACAUUAUUUAAAUGGAAUGAUCAACAAUUACCUAAAACUGUUCAUGUUCAACAUUUACAAAUGUUACCUGCAUCAAUACCUGUGAGUAGAGUUCUUACUGCCAUGGACAAUUUAUCAAAUCCAACAUUUAUCAAAAUGUUAUUAGGUAAAGAACCUAUCAAACAGAUUAAUUUUAGAAAUUAUGUUAAAUUUUCAAAACCAGCAAUUAAUGAUUCACAAAAAGUUGCCAUUCAAUCAGUUUUAAAUAAUGCUAUUACUGUAUUACAGGGGCCACCAGGUACGGGUAAAACAUCAACAAUAUUUGAAAUCAUAUUACAAUUAUUAACUAGUUUAAAUACUUAUCCUAUUCUCGUUGUUGCUGCUUCAAAUAUUGCAAUUGAUAAUAUAGCUGAAAAAUUAAUUGAAAGUGGUCAUGGGAAAGAUAUUUUAAGAAUAACAGCAAAUGAAAAAGAAAGAGAUUAUGAUUCAUCGCAUCCAUUAAAUUCAGUAUGUUUACACAGCAAAAUAUAUAAUGCAUUAUCAUUGAAAUUUAAAGAUGUGGUUCAUGAUUUACAAUUUAAUCCUUCUAAAGUGAGUGCUAAUGGGUAUAAGAAAUAUCUUGCUGAAAAGUUUUUAAUAACUAAACAAUUUGUAAGACAAGCUAAAGUUAUAUUAACCACUACUGUUGUUGCUGGUGGUGCUCAAUUAAAAUCAGUUAAAAAAUGUCCUGUUGUUAUAAUGGAUGAAGCUACUCAAUCGUCAGAACCAACUUCAUUAAUUCCAUUAUCUAUGUCUGGAGUAGAUAAAUAUGUAUUUGUUGGAGAUUCAAAACAAUUAAGUUGUUUUACAUUAAUUCCGAGUUUAUCAUUAUCAUUAUUUGAAAGAAUAUUAUUGAAUGGAUCUUAUAAGAAUCCACACAUGUUGGAUACUCAAUAUAGAAUGCAUCCCGAUAUAAGUGAAUUUCCAAGAAAUAGAUUCUAUCAAGGCUUAUUGAAAGAUGGUAUAAGUAAAGAAGCAAGAAUAGUUGAAAAUGUUUCAAAUUCGGUUUAUUUCUGGGAUACAAAGGGUCAAAAUCCUGAAAAAUCAAUAAAGAAUUUCUUGAGAGAAGAUCAUGGUUUUACAUAUACUAAUCCAGGAGAAAUUGAAAAUAUAAUAACAGCAUUAAAAGUAUUAAUUUAUGAAAAGAAUGUCAAACGUGAAAACAUAGGUAUCAUUACUGGUUAUUCUGGUCAAAGAGAUUUAAUAUCUUCAACUUUAAUCAGGAAUGAAUUUAUAAAUGUUGGUCAAGAAGAAUUAAAAUUAGAAAUAGAUCUAGAUGAUAUUGCAAAUGAUUCAAAACCGGUCACGAUUCAUUAUGUUUCAAAUAUUAUGAUUGCUUCAAUUGAUGCUUUCCAAGGUAGAGAGAAAGAUUUCUUAAUCAUGUCUUGUGUUCGUUCAAAUGAACAAAAUAAAAUUGGGUUCCUUAAAGAUGAAAGAAGAUUAAACGUUGCUUUAACAAGAGCAAAAUAUGGAUUAAUCAUGAUUGGUGAUGUUAAAUGUCUAAAAAAUGGUGAUAAAUUAUGGAAUGAAUAUUUGAAAUAUCUUGAAGAUAAAAAAUCUAUACAUGAAGAGUUUAUAUAUUAA